AUGGACCUCCUACGGACACUUGUCACUAAUUUAUCUUCACAAAUUGAUGACAUCGACAACACUUCUAGAAGAAAUGCUCUGCUGUUCGGUGGUAUUCAGGAGGCUGAAGGUGAGAACUUGGUCUCAACGGUCCUUGGAACAAUUCAAGUGUUGAUGGGCAUCCCUGAUCUUCAGCCAGGUGUGAUCCAGUACUGCCAUCGUAUAGGAAGUAAGUCUGAGAGGGCUCCUCGACCCAUUGUUGUCCGAUUUAAUGACUUAAAAGUUAAAAGUCUCAUUUGGAGUAAUAAAAAGAAAUUAAAGUCGUCUCCAGUUGUGCUGAGUGAAUUCUUGACUAAGGUUCGUCAAUCUCUCUUCACAAAAGCAAGAAAAAGAUUUGGCAUAACUAACACCUGGACCCUUAAUGGUAACAUAUAUAUCAAAUUGCCAAAUAACGAACGCAGGCGUAUCACAACUCAGGAAGAUUUCGAUGAAUGCCUAAAGAUGUUCCCCAGUCCAUCGCCCUCAUCACAGUCCGUUGUCAAGCCUGCCAGCUCUGCGCUGCCUCGAGUCAGCCCUGCAGCUCUUCCUGACGCCAGCAAAAAGCCACUUACGCGACGAAAUUUGGUCAAGAAGCAAUAG